AUGACCGGGGUUCCAGACAACAAGAAAGUCAACCUCCUGACUGACUCUCUAGGGCCAAAGCCAAUCAAACGGAUUGUGGCCAUGUGCCGUCCCCGGAAGCCCACGGAGCUGUCCCUUACGGAGCUGGUCUCCAAGCUUCAAAAGCAGUUUACUGCGUACACUUUCCGAAAAGCCCAGAUUGCGAAAUUCUUUCAGAUAAAGCAGCAGAGUGGCGCAUCUUUAGAAGAUUUUGCAGAAAACCUCUUCGAAGGUACAUCCUACUGCAGCUUCAGCGGUACGCAACUCGACGACAACAUGUGUGCUGCAUUCAUGAAUGGACUACGAAAUGAAUCCACAAGGGCACAACUGAUGUCGAAAGACCUACAGACGUUCGAGGAGACAUUGGAUCUCGCGUCCAGACAUGAGGCCGGCCAGAAAGAAGCGCGACGGUCCAGUGAAUCCUCCAAUACGGUUAACAGAGUUUUCCAGCGCCGCCCAUUCCAGAAGAAUUCCUCCGAUUACAAAUGUCGGAUUUGUGGUUCACGUUCACACAAGCGUGACGAAUGCCCGCACCGCGACAAACGAUGCAAUCGUUGCGGACGGAAAGGUCACCUAGAGGUGGCUUGGGAGACUAGUAUGCGUACGAAUACGAUAUUUACUGAAGAAGAAUUCGAUGUACUAAUGACGUACUAA